ACCCUGUAUCCAUGUCAACGAGAAUUUAGGCAGUUAGGAGAAAGUAAACAGCUCGAGAACAUGCUGGAUGCACUUUACACUCGUUGAACUUUCUUCUCUACUGUUUCUAGUGCAAGAUGCAGAAACAGUCCCUUCUCUGGUCAUCCCUCCCCUCACGAGCCAUUGUAAACAAGCAGGCCGAUCACAAGCUGUCACAAAAGGGGACGCCGCACAGUGCUUAAAUACAGCCACAGUUGAUCUGCUUUUAUAGAAACACGCGCACAGAUUCUGCAUCAUUCUGCUCUCCUAAAACAUCCCAGCUCAAAUGUCUGCAGAGAGGAUUUGAUUCAACUUACCUAGUCUGCCAAAAUGUGCCUUUUCAGAGCGGCCCUGCUGUUUGCUGCAAUGGAUUUCAUUUCCUGUGCCAUAUUUCUAGCAGAUUUAAACAUGGGUGGAGUCACAGGCUUCGUGCAGUUUAACUCCAAAACGCAGAUAGCCUUCUUAAGAGUAGCAGGUGCAGGAUCCUGCGCUGCAGUAAGCAUUUCCCUCACUGUGUUCCCCGUCAUGUAUGGCCACUUUGCUCAACCCUGCUCUGAGGCAAACAUUGGUGUCAGUGUCUUCACCUUCACUGCUAAUCCUUCCUCAACAUCCCCAAUAAAUGUGUUAGGCCUCUUUCAACAAAAAUUAAACUUGUAUGACCUGUCACUGUCUUUGCAGACAUGUGACGGCAUCACAGUAUGCACAGUUUUAAGUCCAGGUCAGACACGACUGACUCGCCAAGCGAGAUUCACAGGGUCUGUUGCUGGUAACAUUUACAUACGUGCUAAUGUAAAUAAUGCCAACCCUAGGCUUCUUUCUGACCUAGUGUCUGUUGUUCUGCCCCGAGGAACCGACAUUAUCAUCUUCGGAUCCACAAGUACAGCAACUAAUUGCAGCAUACUGCUUAAAAGCUUAAAUCCAGCAUCUUUAACAAAUCUGGGAAGUGUGAAAGUAGGAAACCCUCUCAGCCCUCAGAAAUCUCGUUUGGAAUUCACUAGCUAUACAGUGUACUCGUAUCUUCUCCUCGGGAUGGGCACCAGUUAUAGGUGUGCUCAGGUAUACAGCAUGCCACAGAAAGAAGUGAGCGCUGUAAUGAACAUGAGAGGAAUCAAGGGAUAUUUCAGAUUCCGUCAGGGUUCACCGUUUGACGUGACACAGCUUACCAUGCAACUGACAAACUUGAGGGAAUUAGUUGGCCCCUAUCGCAUACACAAUUUCCCCGUCUCUUCAGUCAGGUCAGGCCAAUGUUCAAAUGAUAAUGUGGGUGGUCACUGGAAUCCGUUUGCAGUUGACACAACUUCUCCAACAUACCCUGCAGGGCCUGGAUCAACUCAUGACAAGUAUGAGAUAGGUGACCUGAGUGCCAAGCACAUGUCUCUAUCUGGUAGAAGUGCUUUUGUUAUGACAUUCACUGACUUCAACCUUCCUCUCUUUGGACAGAACAGCAUUGUUGGUCGCUCAGUUGUGAUUCACCUGGUCAGUGGUGAUGGGUAUGCAUGUGCUAGCAUUGGCUAUCCUGAUGAAGUGACAGUAGCCAGUGCUACAUUUCAGACUCCUGUGGUGGGAAAGAUUAUCUUUACUCAGUUGGUGAACAAUCCCUUGUCAGAUGUGUCCAUCUUUAUGGAUCUGUCGUAUGGAGAUCCCACAACAACACCGACCCAAAACCAUAACUGGCACGUUCACGAAUUCCCCAUUAGCUCAGAGAGGGAUGAUGAUGAAGGGAGGUGCGUCACAACAGGAGGCCACUGGAAUCCUUUUAAGAUCAGCAGAACUGAUAGGAGCUACGCCCUUUAUUGCAAACCAUCCUGCCCCCUAUGUUGUGAGGCCGGCGACCUCGCCAACAGACAUACCACCAUUAAUCUUGACACCAACAUAGGCGGCGUGAACUCCAAACACUUUUUCACCGACAUCACUUUAGAUAUAUCUGGCAUUACUGGUCGUUCUGUGGUCAUCCAUGAAGCAGAAAGAGGAGACCCGAUGAUUUCUUGUGCCAAUGUUGCUAAGGUGUGGGUCCCUGCAGCCAGUUUAGGGAAGUGGUUUGGCCCUGGCUCAUCCAGGGGCCAGGUGAAUUUCUCUCAAGCUUUCCCUCGAGGCCCUACAAGAAUCACUGUGUCCUUAAAAAACCUGAAGUCCUUAGCUGGAGGCUACCACGUCCACAUCUUGCCCAUUAUUGUUGGCAGCAGUAAUCCUUGCUCAAAUGCAAACAUCCUUGGUCACUUUAACCCACUGGCCUGGAACACAUCAAGCUCUUCCUCACCCGGUGUGGGUACUGUGGACCAAUAUGAGAUAGGGGACAUCAGUGGGAAGUUUGGCAUGCUUACUGGCCAGAAUGACUUUGAAGCUGUCUUCAUGGACUCUAACAUGCCUCUUACUGGACCUUACAGCAUCAUGGGAAGAUCUGUCGUAGUCCACUACACCAAUGGAUCACGGAUGGUGUGUGCAAAUAUCUUACCAGACACCGUUAUAAAUGGACAUUGGACUCUUGCAAAGGCUACAUUUAAAGGAACAGUGUCUGGGACAAUCACACUGCGCCAGCAAGUGUUUCCUGAUGGGGGUAGCAGUGAUGUCACACUGAAUGUGGACCUCAAGUCAUCUGCAAGUCAAGGUAUUCCUGCGGCCUCCCUGUUUAUCACAAGCAACCGUGUGAAUGCCAUGAGCGGCUUGUGCACCAGCGUGGGAGACACUUUCAACCCCUUCAACAUGAAACUACUGAGCUCCAGCUGUUCGCUCCAAAACCAGUUGAGCUGUGCGGUGGGGGAAUUUUCUGCAAGGCAAGGCAAUGUCAGUCUGACAGGGAGAGAAGUUUACACUGACAGCAACAUCCAGCUCUCAGGAGACCACACAGUUGUCUACAGGUCUCUUGUGCUGACGAGUGGCAACAACAUCCUUGGGUGUGCCAACAUCCUCCCAGAAUCCCCGUCUGCAAAACAGACCUUUAUUAAAGUGAGAUCCUUUAGCCGGUAUGAUUUCCGAAGGAGAGUUGCAGAUGUUCUGCAGGCAGAAAUGGCGAGGAUAACCAUCUUGCCCGGUUCUCCCUUCUUUACAAAAGGUGGCAAGUGCCAAACGGUCAACUUCAUGGUGUCGGGAAAUGUCAGCACACAACUUCUUAAGUCCGUUGGAAGCAGCCAGCUGAUGGGCCCGUUCAGAGGAAAAGGCCGAUGUGCAAGUGCCGGUCUGAUUUCUCCAGAAACUUCUGCAGGACAGCUGGUGCUGCUGGAAAUCUUCUCACUGUGUCUGAUGUGUGCUGCUGCCUUCCUGCUGCCGUCUGCAGCCUCUUUAUAAAAGCAGGUUGUACCGCCAAUCAUCAGUGGACACACUCCACUGAUGGAUCCUCCUAUUAUAAAACUGUGAAUAAUAAAUACCACCAACCAAAUAUUA